UCUCCUGAAGCAGCCGGGGGGUAACGUCUCCUAACUUUAUCGGUUGUGCGGGACGCUUUGAAAUAACCGAGAUCUACCCUUAAAGUGAUCUCUUUAACGUCUCUCCCUCGAUCUGCUUUACGCGACCUAUAAAAGUCUAAAAGCGUUUGCGGAGCUCACUGAGGGCGUGACAGCUCCGCGACGAGUUUUUGUUUUUAAUGGCCUUAGCGGUGUGUUGUAAACCCUUUCCGAGCUGAGGCAACGGAUCUUUCGAUGUGCUCGGUUCCGAAUCGCAAUUGAAGGCAUCCUUAUUGGUGAUUAACGAGAUCACCAGGUUUCUCUCUUCGGUAUUAGAACGGGUUCCGAUCAUCUUUAAGGAGGACGGGUGUUGAGCUGAAGGCCAAAUCCUGGGGAGUAACGACAGUGUGGAUUUAGGGAAAGGGGGUAGAACAGAAAACCAGCUGUGCCGCAGUUCGCGAAAAACACCAGCGGCUCGGGAGCUGCCGGAGGUCGGGGGGAUAUCCGCGUCCUGUCGGAGCCUGCCGGACCAUGGCUGAAGACUACUGGGAGCUGCCAGCGGCCCGGGGACAUUACUGAGACCGUGCAGCCAGGGCAGCAGACGUCCCGCGGCGGGGCACACAGGACGGUGGCUGCCCCCCCAGCCCCUUCCACCCGCCCCCCCCUGCCCCCCCUGAUGGACCGCAUGAGGAAGAUCAAGAGGCAGCUCUCCCUCACGCUGAGGGGGGGUCACACUGGGGACAAGAGCCUGACGGAGACCAUCGGCAGCAGCCAGGACACGGCCAACAGCGAUAGUGAGGCCAUGUUUGUGAGGGGCAGUGUGAGGGGCGGUGUGAGGGGCAGUGUGCGGACAGGAAGUUCCCUCAGCAUGCACUCCCUCCUGCAGUCAUACAGCUCCGCCCUGCGCAGACCGCACAGCCUGGCCCGCAGCCUCAGCUCCUAUCUCAACCGCAACACGCGCCUGGGUACUUACUGACGGAGAGGGGAGGGAGGGAGCGCUGAAAGGAGAAGGUGGGGGAGUCGGCUUCAGCCCCCUCGGCUGCCGCUGUCACUGGGCACACACUGAGCUGGGAGAGGGAGGAGGAGCUGGGAGGCGAGGAGGGAAGGUGGGAGGGGGAGGGAGUGAGGUAAUGGGAG